AUGGCUUGGUUGGCCCUGCAGAUGCUGCUGCUUUCAUGCCGGUCGCCACCUCUGAUCAUUCCCGGGGUGAAGUGGCGCAGCCCCCCUUCGAGACAGAAAGACUUCAGAAAAGGGAUAACAGAAGGGGUUACCAAGAGCCAUGGCCCGGAGCCAGAUCGUUCUCCGUUUUCGCCCUCUGAAGAACUUGGGAUGGACAACGGUAGGGAGGAUUCUGCGACGUUCCAAGUAUCCUCAGAAGUAACAAUAAGGGGGAGAAAGGGUGGUACAGAAACCGGCUGUGCUCAAGACCCUCUCAGCCCUGUCAAAGAAAGGGGCAACUUGAUGAUGCUUGCAAAUGGCUCGAUGAUCUGAAAGGGGAUUGGCUGGCAGCCCAUCCCAUAUGUUACAAAGUAGCAGAAAGUAUGUAAAAAUAAUCACAAUCCCUCUUGACGGGGUAAUAUCGGUCGGGGAAGGCUAUCAUGAUUUCCAAGAUAUCCGCUCCCACUGCUCCAUCUCCGCUGAUUCCCGCACGGAAAAGAGUCGGAAUGAACGGCAGGAAGGCGAUGGCCAGGAAUAACCUUCAAAGAUCCAUGAUGGCAGCGGGCAGACCGUGAGGAUGGAGCGAACCUGAUGGUUGAGCAGCAACCAGGGCAACCUUGGCUGAGGGUUCAACGCGGCUGACUCAGCGAAAACGAA